AUUGGAUCAUAAUAAAAAAUAAUUAAGAUAGGUUAAUUUGAUAGACAAGCUAGUAAUAAGUUAGAGUGGAUUUAGAUUGAAUCCAAAUCCAUUGGCAGGUCUACAUUAAUCUCGAGACAGAAUGAAAAAGAGACGGUCAAUAAUGUGCGGCGAAUCACGGUAGAAGCGAGCGGGGAGGAAGAACCCGCGCGCUCGGAAAGAGGCGUCAAUCGCCGGCGAAGUUUAGCUGUCGCACACCAAGGUUAGGCACCCGGGCAUUCAGGAUCAGCAACCCGGGGACUCUUUACAUGUGCGUCAAAAAUCCAAAUCCAUACAACCCUAAUCAAAUCCAAUCAACGGAGAAAAAAAUCAAGACGAGAACAAAAAAAAUCAAGACGAGAACACAAAACGCAGCACAGCAUAGGAGGAGCAAAAACCAACGGAGCGGAGGGGAAUCAAAGCAAAGCAAGAUUUGCACAUUAGGGUGGAUCCAUCCGGUGAGCGAGGCGGCGGCGCAGCAACGAGCGCAGGAUUUGAUUUCUGUUUAUAGGAGGGCUGGGAGAUUGCUAGGGUUUGGGUGGGGGAUACACAUAGGGAGGGAGUCGACGUCACCCGUCGGAUCGCUCCCGCGGCGGCGAUCGUAGGGUGUGUGACGUCGUAGCGAUUUGCGAGAGAUUUUUUUUUCUGGGGAGCCCAAAGCCCACAAUGCCGCGCACCGGCCCAAGCCCAUGUGGAUCGCCGCCUAACCCUAAAUAGUAGAACGGUUGUACCUUUCGGCCGUGGGUUCUAAUUGGGCCGGAUCCGAUGUCAAAUUGGGGGAAAACGAGUGCAAUUCGGGUCCCUCAAGCGAUAGUUCUAAUCCGAUUUGCAGAACAACUCUCUAUCUCGGCGGCAGUAUUAAACGAUACCCCCCUCGAAUUUGAGUUUAUUUCUCUCUUGCGUACGAGCGGCUUGGCCGGCGCGCUGCUCUGAUCUCGUCGGAAAACUCGACCGGCCGGCCGCGAUGGAGGUGGAUGCGGCGGUGCGGGCGAGCGGCGACUCCGUGAUGCGCGCCAAGUACGACCGCGCCGUCUACGUCGUCCAGCGAGCCUUCGCUCUCUACCCGUUCGACGAAAUCGCAUUUAGCUUCAACGGUGGCAAAGAUUCAACUGUGCUGCUGCAUUUGCUUCGAGCUGGCUACUACCUUCACAGAACAAGUUCAGGCAAUGGGGAUCAAAUGGGCUGUACCAUUCAAAACUGCCCCAUGCGGACCAUUUACUUUGAAGAUCCUACUGCCUUUCCUGAAAUCAAUUCGUUCACUUAUGAUACUGCUUCCACCUACGGUUUGCCACUGGAAACUAUCCGGACAGAUUUCAAGUCUGGCCUAGAAGCCCUACUGAAGGAGAAGCCUACCAAAGCAAUUUUCCUUGGCACUAGAAAUGGCGAUCCGAAUGCGGUUGGUCAAGAACAGUUCUCUCCUAGUUCCCCUGGUUGGCCUCCUUUCAUGAGGGUGAAUCCAAUCUUGGAUUGGUCUUACAGGGAUGUUUGGUCUUUCCUCUUAACCUGCAAGGUCAACUACUGCAGCCUUUAUGAUCAAGGGUACACUUCUAUUGGUAGCAUACAUGAUACUGUCCCAAAUGCACAGCUGAGUGAUGGGCCAGGGGUGUUUAAACCGGCGUACAUGCUGACAGAUGGAACGCUUGAAAGGGCCGGUAGAGCAAAGAAGGUUAACAGAAAGAAGGAAGUUGAUAGAAAUUCUGAAACCAGUUCAAUCACGAGUGCCAAGCCAUGACAACAACAGAUGAGUCGUUUAUAGGUCAAUUUUAUGAAAUUUUAGAGCAAUAGAAUACAUAUCAAUUGUGAAGGUUUAGGGAAAAUAAAGUGAGGUUCUGCACUUAAAACAUUUUGACGUAUCUUGUGUACAAGGGUGAUACUACAUCUGUUUAAUAAUACAAGACCUUUUAACA